CAAAUCCUUAAGGGCCUAAGCAGCACUGCUAACACCAUCGUCUCGAUGCGGUUGGAGUAGGAUUCAACCCAAGAUCCGUCUCGAUGCUGAUGAUGGACUUUAAGGCGUCGAAUACGGCCACCAUCGCCACCAUCGAUAAGGGUAGCGACCGUACGUUUGCGUCGGCCUUCUUCCACCCACCAGCGUCGCCCACACAUGUCGGUUGCUGUGUGCUGAAUCGAGCACCGGCACGACCACCGUCCGAAAUCUAUUUCGAGAGCCGGGGCAAAUGCUGCAAGAAGCUGCUCCGGUACAACGGUUAUCCGAACAAGGUCCUACUCUAUCCGGAAGAAGGAUGGGCCCGCAGUGCAGCCUCCAGCUACUGGACGAUAGCACCCUGCCGGUGGCGAAGGAAUCGCUGCAUCGUGGAGGAGGUGGCCGGCUCACGGAAACAGUCAACGCAAGGCCGCAUGAUCGUUGUCGGCGAUGGAGCUCUCCUAAUAGUCGGUACCUUCAAACGGCGCGUCCCCGAUCCCGACUUCAAGCUCUAUCUUUCCUCCAACAUAAGUUUGGCCGACUACAACAUGGGCUACUGUCUCACGGGGACACUCGAGCGGGGCUGCGAAAGGACGAACCAGUACCAAACCACGCACUUUGCCGUCAUUCGGCGCUGUUGGCCUUCGAACGAGCACGACGGCCACCAUGGGUUCGGUGUCGGUGGUGUCGGUGGAGGAGGUGGCGGUGGUGGAGGUGGCGGAGGUGGUAGUAAGAAUAACAACAAAACACAGCACACCUACAUCGAUUUCCUCUUCAACCGAUGA